GAAUAAAUCACAAAGAUUUUUUAUUUAUAUUUAUUUUCUAUUUUUAUUUAUGUUGUAACAAAAGUUGUUGUAGAUUUCCUGGAAACAAUAUUCGAGUAUAUUAAAUAAUUUUUUUCGUUAUUCGAAAUUGUGGAUUCCAACAUCGUAUUUCAACGGGCAUUUUUAAAAUCAUCUCUUAAUUAAAAACUCUGCCUUUUAAUCUUCUAUUUAAAGAAAUUAUAUUUAUUCUUAAAACUGCAAAUUUUUUAUAUUUUAUUAAUAUCAUGUACUCUCGUUUCAGAGACAUAUAAUAAUGGAGAGCCUAAAGUUGUAUCCUUUCCAUUUAGUGGAAUUUAUUUCUAAAGGAAAAAAAGUUGCAAGAUGUGUAGAUUGCGUUUGCCUUAACUGGAUAAGGUAUGAUGAAGAAACGAAAAAAUUUAUGGCUAAAUAUAUUCCACCACCCUACACAGAAAAAACCAAAGCUAUUUUUCAAAUGAUGGUAAAACAACAACUAGAUGUUCCCGACCAUUGGACCGAGUACAGCGUCAACUUAGUUGGUCAUGCAGGAACAUAUGAAGAAGCGGAAAAAAGGUUGGAUGCUCUAAACUCAAAAAAAAAUGUAUACAGUAGUGAAUCUGAUAUGAAUUCUACACAAAAAGCAAAUGCGAUAAAAAAAUUGAUGAAAGAAAAAGGAAGUGCUGAUAUUAAUCGUGAACUAAAUGAUUUGCCGUCACUUAAUGACAAACUUGAGACAACUCGAGAUGAAACAUUUCGUGACGAAACAAAAUCUAAUUUGGAUAAAGACAAAAGCGCCUCAGACAGUGAAGCAGAUGAAAGCGAUUAUGAAUCAAACGAUGCCCCGAAUCAGCCUUUAAAGAGAAAAGGAAAAUUCAAGUAUGAUGCUCGAAAAAAGAGGAAUAUUAUGUCCUUGACAAACAGUAUGGACGACGAAAACUUACUUAAUACAGUCGAUGGAUUUUUACUAGAGAAUUCAAAUUUGCUUCAAGAUGACUCUGAAGGACCUGGAUCCAAGGAUAAUCAAAAUUUAGAGUUUUUAGAUGACAAUUCUAAUUCGCUUCAACAUAACUCUAAAGGGACUGGAUCCAAGACUAAACGAAAUUUAGAAUCCAAGCCUUCGACAAGUACUGGCAAAAUGAAUAAUAACUUCAAUAUUUCGCAAAUUAAAAAUAGCCAGAAGAACUCGUCUUCAACUAAUGCAUCAUCAAAACGUUUGGUUGAAAUUUCUAGCAAUUCUAACGAUUCUUUACUUGUUCGUAUUAUAAAAGAAAUACAAGGAUUAAAACACGACAUCAGAGAAGUUAAAAAUAAUUUAUUAACUUUGACGACAAUGGUGGAGAACAUGGCAGAGUAUAAAGAUAAUUUGAAAAUAAGCUUAACAGAACAAUUUAAGUUAAAUUUACCUAUAAAAGAACUGCAUGAACUAGAAGAGUUCGAUAUUAAAUUAAAAACAGACGAGGACUACUAAACUAAACAGACUAAACAACAUUUUGUUUAGCUUUUAAAGCCUCCUUGACUUUGCUGUUCGAUAGGGAUGGAAUAAUUCGAAAAUCCCUCACGAACAUGAUUAAAAAGUUUAUUGCCAGGGAAUUAGCAAUGAAGUUUACUGCUUCAAAAAAAAUUGCAGGCAAAGAACUAUUUAAAGAUUUUUAUAUGUGCACUUGCAUAGUAGAUGUUGUUGGCAAAAAAUAUUCCACCGUCGAAGGAAAUGUUCUUGCGCACUUGGGAACAAUUUUUACGAACUCGAAAGAUUGGGAUGGCCACAGAAAAUCACGUGUACCCGAAGAGAAAACCGUUUAAACUUUCUUACUUUAAAAAAAAAUACCGAAGAAAAAACCAAAAUGUUAAUUUCA